GGAGAACUGAGAUAGGGAAUUCCUGCUGAGUCUAUCCAGGAAUCCAAAGACCCAAGAUGUUCAGAAAAUCUGUUGUGAAGGAUGGGACAGCCACUGGCCAAGUGGGGAUCAAGAAAAAAUCUAGGGUCCCCGGGGUGAUGAUUACACAGUUUAUCGAGUCGCUGCCAGAGGGAAAGUCCCAUCCAGACUUCACCCGAAAGCCGAUUGCUUUGACCAUCCAAGAGGGCAAAUUCGCUUUUUUCAAAGCCAUUGUUACUGGAGACCCACAGCCGACCGUAACAUGGAGCAGAAAUAAUGGAGAUGUGUCUGAUACGUCAAGAUACCAGACUAAAUAUGAUCCCAAUUCCAAUGAGCAUACAUUUGAGAUGCCAAAUGUCCAACCGGAUCAAGCUGACACCUAUAAAUGCUUUGCUGUGAAUGAAUUUGGACAAGCCGUGGUCACAGUUGUUCUGAAUGUUAUUGAAGUUGGUUACAAAAAGAAUAAACCAAAACAACCAGCAGCCGAAGCCACCGAUGGGAAUUUCAAAACUGUCCUAAAAAGGAAAAGCAAGAUCCGACCGAAAGCUGAGCAACAAGAGAGAAAAGAUGGUGAGAUCGAUCCUAAAUUUUGGGAGCUCCUAAUUAGCGCUGACAAGAAAGAUUAUGAGAGAAUCUGUGCAGAGUUUGGAGUGACUGAUUUUCGCUGGAUGCUCAAGAAACUGAAUGAGAUGAAGAAAGAAAGGGAGGAAGAACAAGCUCAGUUUGUCAAAAGCUUGUCCAACUUGAAACCUAUUCAAGUCAAUGCAGAUGGUACUGCGUCCUUUGAGAUUGACAUGGACCUUCUUGAUCCAAGCAGCUCAAUAUUCCUGUACAAGGAUGGUGUAAUGGUUCCAUAUACAAAAGAGCUGGGAGAUAAGAUGAAGCAUGGCCUAAAACAAGUGGGGAAAAAGUAUGUUUUCAGUAUGAGGGACCUUAUGCCAGAUGAUGCUGGAUUGUACCAGUUGGAUGUAGAGGACGUGAAUAUGUUUUCCACUGAAUUUAAAGUUCCUAUGGUGGAUUUCUUGGUGAAACUCCAGGAGGUGAAGGCAACGGAGAGAGAAGAUGCUGUUUUUGAGUGUGUUCUGUCAAAUCCCUUCUCCAAGAUUUUGUGGUUUGGCAAGAAUCUACCGCUGGAACAGGGGGAUAAAUAUGAUAUCGAGGUCUCAGAGGACAAACUCAUUCAUAGGCUGGUGGUCAAAGACUGCAUGAUAGUAGACAAAGGAAUUUAUUCAGCCUGUGCAGGAAUAAAAUCUUGCAAUGCAUGGCUGGUUGUUGAAGCUGAUAAAGAUGCACAAAAGGGCAAGAAAACAGCAAGAAAAACAACAAGAGCAGGCGGAUCUGGGGUGGAUCUGCAGAAGAUUGCCGAGGAACAGCAAGUCAAAUUAGUGAAGGAGCGAGAGGAAAGGAAAGAACAGAUUAAAGCUGUGAAAGAAGCUGCUGCAGCUGCACCGCCACCUGAAACCCCUCCAGCUCCUGCACCCACCGAGGCUCCAGCACCAAAAGCCCCCGAAUCAAAACCAGUAUCAGCACCAGCACCACCGGUUGUUGAGGCCCCAAGGACUGGCCACUCAGCUGAGGAAGCCACUGGUGGAGAAAGGCUUGAUCAACCACUUGAGGAUGCAAGAAGUGAGCCUGAAAUUACCGGUGGACUUUCUGAUAUUUAUGCUCUUCGUGGAAGCCCUGCUGAAUUAAGUGUGACAAUGAACAUCGACAGGGACGGCGGCUGGUUCAAAGAUGGAGAGCAGUUAAACUCAGGUGCUGGGGUCGCCAUAACAAAAGCCGGAACCUCUCACAAGCUGGCAAUUCAAAGCUGCAGAGAUGAUGACUCUGGACUUUAUCGUUUUGUAUCAGGGGAAUUAAGUACACAAGGAAAGGUCACUGUUGGAGAUGUACCUGAAUUUGACCCAGACGACCUUCACAAGUUCUCCAAACCUGUGAUCAUAAGAGUUGGCCAGAAUGCUGCUUUCAAGAUGCCCUUUCCUCCUCAGGAGUCUUUGGUGGUCAGUUGGUUUAAAGAUGGCACUGAACUCAAAGACGGAGGAGGAAUUAAGAUAGUGAGGGAGCCCAAUCACAGCCGGCUGCUGCUCAAAGACUGCCUGCGGACAGACGCAGGGGAAAUAAAGAUACAACUGAAAAACCCAUUUGGCGCUGUGGAGGCCACAUCUCGACUUAUUGUGCUUGAUCGGCCAGGACCACCUGAGGGUCCCGUGGAGACUGUUGAAACCACUUCAUCUAUCAUUGAGAUUAAAUGGAGCCCUCCGAAAGACGACGGUGGCUCUGCUGUCACCAACUACAUCAUAGAGAGGCAGCAGGCAGGGCAGAGUCUGUGGACGAAACUUGGAGACGUCUCAGCUGACAAGACCUCCUUCAGAGACAGGAAUGUGACGCAUGGAAAGAAAUACAACUACCGCAUCUACGCUGAAAACCCAGAGGGCCUCAGUGACUCCCUGGAGACAGCUGAUAGCAUUAUGGCUGGCAUAAUGAUACUCUCUGGUCCACCUGGUGCUCCCACGGUGGUGAGUGCCUCUAAGACCUGCAUCAAAUUGACUUGGACCCCUCCAGAGGACGACAGGGGAGUACCGAUCAUUGGUUACCAACUAGAGAAACGGAAGAAAGACACGAAUCAGUGGAUUGCCUUGAAUGCAGUUAAUGAACCUAUUGAAGAUGUGAGCUAUGCAGUUAAGGAUGUUACUGAGGGAGCGGAGUAUGAGUUCAGGGUUUCAGCAAUCAAUGAGUCAGGAGCCGGAGAUCCUAGCCCUCCCUCUGCAAUGGUGUGUGCAAAGAAUCCCAACAUGAGACCUUGUUUUAAAGACCCAGAGGACUUCAUUGUUGUCAGAGCUGGAAAUUCUGCACGUAUCAAAAUUUGCUAUGAGGCUGAACCUCCACCACAGAUCACUUGGCUGAAGGAUGAUGAGCCAAUAUCCCCGUGGACUCAUGUCAUCAAUACAGAGGGAAUGUCUCAGCUUGUUAUACCAUCAUCAAAGCGCUCGGAUUCAGCCAUUUACACGAUCAUAGCCAAAAACUCUGUGGGCGAGGCUUCAUUCGACAUUGAGGUUAGAGUCACAGAUGAACCCAAGACUCCAGGGCCAGUUGAGCUGGAGCAAACAGUCCAGGGAAAAGUGGUGGUGUCAUGGGCGCCCUCCCCAGACCAGGAGCUUGACGACCGGCUGUACUAUGUGGUUUCUCAACAUGACUCCAACAUCAGAAUGUGGAAGACAGUAGCAGACCGCCUCUUCACGAACACAUACACAGCCAUCAACAUUAACCCUGGCAUAGAGUACCACUUCCGGAUCUACGCCAAGAAUGAUGUGGGCCUCUCGGAUCCGUCUCAGUCACCUACGUGGGGCAUCAACAGCAACAGAGUCCAUAUUACCUCAAAUGGAGUCAACUCAACAGAGCUGAGCUUUGAGAGGCCUCCAUCUAUCUUGGUCCCUCUGAAAGUCCACACACCACCUAAAGGUUAUCAACUCUACAUGACGUGUGCCGUCCGAGGAUGCCCUACACCUACUGUGUCUUGGUACCUGAACGACGUCUGCAUCAACUCAGACAGUAACUAUUACAUGACCAACUCGUUUGGUGUGUGCUCCAUGUACAUUCUCAGAGUCCGAUCGAAGGACAGCGGUGAUUACAAAGUUGUUGCAGUAAACCCUCUUGGAAAGGCAGAGUGUUCGACAAAACUUACUGUUAGAGAUUAAAAUGACAUACAGCUUCAUGCAACUUUUCCCCCUACUGAGAUAUUUAAGGAAGUGGAAUGGUGUGUUUUACUGUGUAGACUGAAUUGACAGCAUGGGAUACUUUAUGUGAAGUGCUGGUAAAACAAUCAAACACAAACAAAAGAUAUUCUGAAUGCUAAUUUAUUUAAUUUAUUCGAAAUGUGACUGAUUUGCAAUUGUUACUUUGUCAACAGAAAUAAUAACCAUGUAGCAUGAAUGAAGUGACAAACUGUAGCACAAAGACAUCUGUCUAAUUUUCAAGCUCUUGUAAUGACUGCAA